GCGCCAAUGAGUGGCAGUCUCACACGACACUGUGACUGUGUGGCGUCCCUCAAAUCCAAAUCCAUGGGUCUCGAGCUUCUAUUCUCACUUUUUCUUUCAUGAUUUAUGGACACUCGUGGAUCGAUGGAUUACACAGCAAUUGGCAAAAGUAGGGAACAUUAAAGUGUUUUAUAUUUAGUUUAUGUCUGACUUAAAUACUGCUGCUGAUAGAGGUCACUAAAGGAGUUGUGAAAGGACGUAAAGGCGAACCUCAUCUGUUGGACUGUACUGGUACCGUCACGGACAAUGUUCUCGGCAACGGGGAAGCGCUGUUUUACCAUUGAGUCUUUGGUGGCGAAGGAAAACCCUUUAACACCAGAAGACCCCAUUCGCCCUACCGCCCUAAGCUACUCGACGCCUGCUGACAGUUUUCUUAACGGGUAUCAAAGCCCCGCAGGCCGCGCGCUCUAUCCAAACCCUGAACUGGUGUUUUCGGAGACUGUGAACCACGCGCCUCUGAGCAUGCACCCACACCCGCUCGGCAGCACACACCUGCAGCACCCGCACUUCUUUGGCACGCAGCACCGUGAGCCACUCAAUUUCUACCCGUGGGUCUUAAGGAACAGGUUUUUUGGCCAUCGGUUUCAAGGGAACGACGUCUCACAGGACACGCUGUUACUACACGGCCCUUUCGCGAGGAAGCCCAAACGGAUCCGCACCGCGUUCUCGCCCUCUCAGCUCCUGCGCCUGGAGCGCGCCUUCGAGAAGAACCAUUAUGUAGUCGGAGCCGAACGGAAACAGCUCGCUAACAGCCUCAGUCUGUCUGAGACUCAGGUGAAGGUGUGGUUUCAGAACCGCAGGACCAAGUAUAAGCGACAGAAGCUGGAGGAAGAGGGCCCGGAGUGCACACAGAAGAAGAAGGGAAGCCACCACAUUAACCGCUGGAGGAUUGCCACCAAACAGAACGGAUCUGAGGACAUAGAUGUCAUGUCUGAUGCCUAAGACCAACCUAAACACUGCCCAAAUGAACACACAAGACCAAGAAAAGCACUAUUUAUUUAAUGUUAUUAGUCAUGGCAUUUCAGAUUCUAAUCCUAACUGCAGAGGACCUGACCCCGUGAGUGUGGGAAAUGUGAGUUAUGGAUGAAUUAAACCAGUCAGCAAGUAAUCUUAAUCCAGGACUGAACACUAUAGUUGUUUAACAUACCUCUGCUGGAAUUAUCUAAUGUUCGAGAUAUGCCUCACCUGUAAGAAGAAAUCAUUUUA